AUGAUUGAAGCACAGACUACUUUGCAUAGAAACCCAACAAACAUAAGCUUUAUAGCCCAGGAGAAAGAAGCUAGGGAGGCAUAUGCAGUGGCUCACAGGAAUUAUACUCUCUUCCUGAGUCAAAAAGCCAAAGUUAAAUGGCUUAAUGAGGGUGAUGAUAAUAUAAGAUAUUUUCAUCAAAGUGUGAAGCUUAGGAGGAUCCAUAAUAGGAUAAAUACAAUUAAGAAAGAGAAUGGUGAAUGGCCUAAUAACUCAACUGAGGCAUUAUCUUUAGUUUUCAGUGCAGAAGACAUCAAGAAUGCCUUGUUCUCUAUCCCUGAUAACAAGUCCCCAGGGUUGGAUGGUUACUUAAGCUGUUGCUUUAUGAAAGCUUGGGACAUUGUGGGCAGAGAUGUGGUAGAAGCCAUACAUGAUUUCUUUAGAAGUGGUAGAUUGUUGAAGGAGAUCAAUGUUACUGCUAUAACAUUGAUUCCUAAGACUAGUUGUCAUGCAUCUGUGGGUGAUUUCAGGCCUAUAGCCUGUUGUUCUGUACUAUACAAAACCAUCACAAAGUUGAUUUGCUCUAGAUUGAGUAAAGUGCUCCCUGAUCUUGUUUCACAAACACAAGGGGCAUUUAUCAUAGGCAGAAAGGCUUUACAAUUUCCUAGUCACUUUGUGAAAUGCAUUAUGGAGUGUAUCACAACUCCUAAAUUCACCCUGCUGAUAGAUGGAAGCACAGAAGGAUUCUUUGAUCCAAAGAGGGGUCUUAGGCAGGGAGACCCCAUGUCCCCUCUACUAUUUGUCCUUUGUAUGGACUACCUCACAAGAAUCUUAUCAUAUAUUGGUGAACUGGAUGAAUUCAAGUAUUUUACUGGUUGUAGAAGCUUGAAGCUCAAUCACCUGAGCUUUGUAGAUGAUUUGCUAUUGUUCUGUAAGGGGGAAGCAAGAUCAGCUUAUCUCCUAUUGCAAGGUCUAAAGCUUUUUUCAUAA